GUGAGACGAGAACGCUUUUUUGCUUUUUCGUCUUUCUCUCUCUCUCUCUCUCUUUCUUCACUACCCUCUCACCUCUCUGUUUACACGAUUCUUCUUAGAUGUCUUCUUCCUCCAUUGUCAUUUACCUAUCUACACUUCAUUUUCUUGUUGGAGGAAGAUCGAUUAUCGGUGAUUCAUUCUUAGUGAUGACAGUAUAAUGUCUGAUGCUUAUUAUCAUCAUCAUCAUCAUCGGAGACAUUCUUCCUCUUCACGUCUAUGGAUUUUAAUGCCGGAGUUCCCAUGUCUUCUCUUUCACCUUUGAUGAAUCAAGAUGCAAUGUGGCAAAUGAAUUUGAGUUCAGAUGAAAUAAUGGAAACAGGUUCUUACCCUGAACGACCAGGAGAGCCUGAUUGUUCUUAUUACAUAAGAACUGGACUUUGUAGAUUUGGCUCUACUUGUCGGUUCAAUCAUCCUCGUGAUCGGGAACUGGUUAUAGCCACUGCAAGGAUGAGAGGAGAAUACCCUGAAAGGAUUGGUCAGCCUGAAUGCGAGUACUAUUUGAAGACAGGAACCUGCAAGUUUGGAGUAACAUGUAAGUUUCAUCAUCCUAGGAACAAAGCUGGGAUUGCUGGAAGAGUCUCUCUCAAUAUGUUAGGCUAUCCUCUCCGCUCGAAUGAAGUUGAUUGUGCUUAUUUUCUAAGAACCGGACAUUGUAAAUUUGGUGGUACUUGUAAAUUCAACCACCCUCAGCCUCAACCAACCAACAUGAUGGUUCCAACUUCAGGCCAACAGUCUUAUCCUUGGUCAAGAGCUUCUUUUAUUGCCAGCCCUCGUUGGCAAGAUCCGUCUAGCUACGCUUCCUUAAUCAUGCCUCAAGGAGUUGUCCCAGUACAAGGAUGGAACCCUUACAGUGGUCAGCUCGGCUCGGUUUCUCCUUCAGGUACCGGAAAUGAUCAAAACUACAGAAACUUACAGCAGAACGAGACAAUAGAGUCAGGCUCUCAGUCUCAAGGGUCAUUCUCGGGUUUCAAUCCGGGGUCCUCUGUUCCGAUAGGAGGGUAUUAUGCAUUGCCGAGGGAAAAUGUGUUCCCGGAAAGACCAGGACAACCCGAAUGCCAGUUCUACAUGAAGACAGGUGACUGCAAAUUUGGCACAGUUUGCAAAUUUCACCAUCCUAGAGACAGACAAGCUCCUCCUCCUGAUUGUCUCUUAAGCUCCAUUGGCCUCCCUUUACGCCCGGGAGAACCGUUGUGUGUGUUCUAUACUCGCUAUGGAAUCUGCAAAUUUGGUCCAAGCUGUAAAUUUGAUCACCCAAUGCGAGUAUUCGCAUACGAGAACACAGCUUCAGAGACCGAUGAGGCAGUGGAAACAUCAACAGGGCAAUCAAGAAGACACUCUGUAUCUGAAACAAGACUAGCAGCAACAACAUCCUCUGGUAAAGACACUACCAUUGAUAAUACACAGCAGUGAAGAAACAAAAAGAAGAAGAGCUUUGAUUUUUCAAAAGAGGAAUCUGUAAAUUGUCAUUUUCAUUUAGUCUCUCAAGCAUUUAUUAAUAAUGUAUAGAGGUGAUUUAUACAAGUGAUCUUGAUCUUGAUCUGAUGGCCAUUGUUGUAAUAUUCUUUUGGCGAAUCAGGUUGAAUAAAAUUGAAAGUAAUUUCCCUC